AUGCACUUCGCCUCCUCCCUAUUCCUGGCCUCGUUGGCCGCCACAUCCGCCUUGGCUUCCGCGCCCACAUGCAGUACCAGCUCGCAAUGUCCGGAAGAGUACCCCUGCUGUUCGCAGUAUGGUGAAUGUGGUACCGGUGCUUACUGUCUGGGUGGAUGCGAUCCGAUGUCGUCGUUCUCUCUCAACUCUUGCGUUUCCGGACCCGUGUGUCAGAGUAAGACCUACACGUGGGACAACCUGGACAAUGCCGCCCUGAACACCAAGUAUCUCGGAAACUCUUCGGAAGCCGACUGGGUCUACAGCGGCUACCCGAAGAUCGAAGACGGUAACCUUCUGUUGACUAUGCCCAAGAACACCGUGGGCAGCCUGUUCGCCAACAACCAUUACGUCUGGUACGGCAAGAUCUCCGGCAAGGUCAAGAGCAGCCGUGGUAAAGGUGUUGUCAGCGCAUUCAUCCUGCUAUCAGAUGUGAAGGAUGAGAUUGACUUCGAAUUCGUCGGUUCUGAUCUGGCUAAUGUCCAGACCAACUACUACUGGCAGGGAGUUUUGGAUUACAACAAUGGAGGCAAAUCAGGGGUUAAUGGCAGCGAUACCUUUGAUGAUUGGCAUGAGUAUGAGAUCGAUUGGACCGAGGAUGCUAUCACUUGGUCUGUGGACGGUAAAGUCACCCGCACCUUGACGAAGGAAUCCACCUACAACGAAACUUCCAAGACCUACAAAUAUCCCCAGACGCCUUCCCGGAUGCAGCUGUCAUUGUGGCCUGCAGGCCAAGCUAGCAAUGCGGAAGGAACAAUUCAGUGGGCUGGUGGUGAGAUCGACUGGGACAGCGAGGAUAUCAAGGAGAAGGGAUACUACUACGCCACCUUCGGAGAGAUUACUGUUGAGUGCUACGACGCCCCGAACGGUACCGUCUCGACUGGUGACAAGUCCUACGCUUUCGUUGGCGAGGAUGGACUCCAAAGCUCCGUCGUGAUCACCGACAACAGCACCGUUCUCGCCUCUUUUGGGGCUACCGGCUUGGAUAUGGAUCUCGGUAGCAAAAGUUCCAAUACCACGGGCGACAACAGCACGGUUCCCGAGAACCGUGGAGGCUCGGGCAAUGAGCCUGGCGCCACGAAUUCGACCACUGGCACCAGCACCGGCACGAGCAGUGGUAGCGCCAGCGAUUCGACGGGUUUCAGCCAGGGUACCUCAACCGACACUAGCUCCAACGGCGCCGCCUCUCCGAGCGAACGUGUUAUGAGAGGCUCCUUCUCCGCUGUGUUGGUCGCAGUUGUCGUUUUGGUCACUCUAUAA